AUGGGCCUCAACCCCGGCUCGUCCCAGGAGCCACACGGCCUCUCCCUCCCCUCCAGGAGAGCCCAAAUCACCGUCACCCGCCGCUCUAGCCUCCAGUCUCAGGAGGAAGACGACUCCGUGUCCCCUCUCGGCGCCGCGGGUGCCAAGCGUGACUCGCUCGAGGGGACAAGGCGCUACUACAAUGUCGAGUCGCCGGUCAUGGGCCAGAGUGCCAGCGACACGCCGCGGGCACGGACCAUCUCUAACACUACCGGACCGCGACCAUUGUCCGCUACUCCAUCCGAGACAAGCUUCUCCAACUUCCGGUCACCAUCGCGAGGCUCUGUUCCGCUGCCGACCCCGCGAGGCUUCCUCGCACCGCAGAAACCCGCUGCUGCCCGUCGGUUGGAGACGCGAGAACGGUAUACGACCGUGUCCACGACCGGUCUCGCACCCGAGCCGCGAACCGUCGGUGGGUUUGACGCCACGACGCCUACGGGCGAGAGCGACUUCUCGCACAUCUCGAUCGAGCCGCCGCCGGCCCCUCCGACGACCGCUUCGCCAUUUUCAGCCUCCGCCUCUUCCUCUGCCCCGCCACGACAAGCCGCCGCCCAGCGUGCGGCGUCCCCGACGGGACCUGCUCCGGCGGCGUCCAUCUCGGUCGCCAACGACCACUCCCCGGCUGUGACGCCGCGUCUCAGUCGCAUCGCUCCCCGGCAUCCGGACACUCCCACCCGGCCAGGAGAGAGCAUCGAGGGCCAUGCGGGCGCCUGGGAAGACGACCAGAGCUCGCCGACGCACGCGCCGCGGCGAGACCUGUCUAGUGACCACCUGGUCGACACGGUCCGCUCCAACUCGACGUCGACGGAGAAGAGCCCGGCGACGUUGCGCAAAGUGUCGCAGAAGACGUACCCGGAUGCCCCCGAUCAGUCCGCGCUCAUUACCACCAGCACACGGCGGUACAAGAACUUUGAGAACAAGAGUUCGACUUGGCUUUGUGGUGGACGGCUCAUGACCGGCGGCGACUCGCCUGUCAACUUCAUCGGCUCGAUCAUUAUCAUCUUGGGCAUCUCGGGCGUAUGGCUCGGCACGACAGGCGCGUGGCUCUGGGUUCACGGCCACGAGUACGGUAUGGCGAAGGGCGCGGGCAUUGCGAUCACGAUUGUGUUUGUGUACCUGUUCGGCCUGACUGUCUCUUCGAUGAUCGCGGCUUCAUUCCGCGAGCCGGGAAUCUUACCGCGGCAGCUCGACCCCGACCCGCCCUACACGCCCGUCGACGUCUACUGGGAGGCGAACCCGCGCGAGAUCCGUGUCGGCCCCGAUGGCAAGGACAAGAUUUCGUGCAAGUACUGUGAGACGUGCAAGUCGUACCGCCCGCCGCGCUGCAGCCACUGCCGGUUAUGCGGCAACUGCGUCGAGGGCAUCGACCACCACUGCGCGUACCUGCACGGGUGCAUCGGGCAGCGCAACUACUUUUCGUUCAUCGUGUUCGUCGUGACGGCGGCCAUCACCGAUAUUUACAUUGUCGUGUUCAGUGCGAUCCACUUUUCGAUGAUCUGCCACCACGAGCAUGUGAGCUUCAAGCAGGCGCUGCAGGACUCGCCCGGCGCGGCCGUGUCGUUCAUUCUCGGCAUCCUCGUGCUUCCACCCAUCCUCUUCCUGUUUUGGUACCACAUCCGACUGCUGCUGUACAAUCUCACGACGAUUGAGCAGAUCCGCGCCUCCGCGUCUCGCAACUUAUUUAAGGCGACGACGCGCCCGUACAACCCCUUUGCCAAGUCGAGCCGCUGGAAGAACAUUGUCGCGGCGUCCAUUGGUCGCCCGCAGGUUCCCUCCUGGGUCCGCGCGAACGACGGCGUUGUUGACGACCGCCGAGCCGUCAACCCCGCUCUCACGACGCCCGAGAAGUACCUCGAGCUGGUUUAG